AUGGAACGUGAUAAUCAUAUGGAGGGUGCUUCUAAUUCUCGACCUCCUUAUUUUGACGGUAGUGACUACCCUCUUUGGAAAACGAAAAUGAAAAAUUAUUUAAUAUCCCUUGGCAUUAAGGUUUGGAGAUCCAUUUUAUAUGGCUACGAAGAACCUACUAUUGAAGAUGCUAUUACUAAAGAGAUUAGAGUGAAAAAGGAGGCCGAGUGGGAUUCCGGUGACAUUACAAAUUGUGAGACUAAUGCACGCGCUUUAGGAGCCAUCUUUGGUGCUAUGUCUAGAAAUGAAGUCACACGUAUAUCCUCUUGUGUUACGGCUAAAGAGGCUUGGGACAUUCUUCGUACUUCUCAUGAGGGAAUAGAGACAGUUAGGGUGUCUAAGCUUCAAAUGUGCACAACACGAUUUGAACAACUUAAAAUGCAUGACGAGGAAAACUUUGAUGGCUUUAUCUCUAGGUUAACCGAUAUUGUCAACACUUUCCAUAGUUUAGGUGAGCCAAUCUCCGACCUUAAAGUGUGUCGCAAAAUCCUUAGGUCUCUUCCCGAGAGGUUUAGAGUUAAGGUCACCGCUAUAGAAGAACGUACGGAUGUUGAUAAGUUGACCUUUGCCGAACUUGUAGGAAAACUUCAAAUCUUUGAGAUCAACCACCUCUCCGAUUUCAAACCCUCAAAGACUACCUCCAAAUCUAAUAACGGUAUAGCCUUUAAGUCAGCUCGUGAGGAAACCUUUGAAACUUGUGAGGAUGAAGAUGAUAUAAGUGACGAAGAGAUCGCCAUGUUUGCUAAGAAAUUUCGGAAAUUCUUUAGGAAAGGAAACAAUCUAGGUUCUAAGCCAUCUUCUAGCUUUAAGAAAAAUGUCUUUGGAAACAAUGAUAAACAAUUGUCGGUUGAAAAAUCUAGAAAGCCACAGGGAAUUCAAUGUCACAAGUGUCAUGGGUUCGGACACAUUCAAUCCGAGUGUGCUAAUACUCUUAAGAAGAAAAUGAAGAAAGGUCUUAAAGUCACUUGGGAUGAUGAUAGUGAUGAGGAUGGUAGUGAGAGUGGUGGUCCAGAAAAUGGUGAAGGAAAUUCUCGUGUAUCUGUGCUUGUUGCCUCUCUUGAAUCCACGGAGGCAUCUAAACUUCCUAUAUUGUCUAAUACUUCUAGUGUUAAGACUUCAACUACUAGUGAGGAUGAAAAAGAAGGUGAUGAGGAUAUAGGUUCAAUUCAUGAAGCAUAUGAUGAGAUGUAUCGUGAGUGUCUCACCCUUAAGAAGAAGAAGAAAGAGUUAGAAAGUGAGCUCAAGAGGAUAGAAAAAGAAAGGGUGUCACUUAGGAUUGAGUUAGAUGAUCUUAAGAAACACAAUGCAAAUCUAGUCGAAAAAUUUGACACCGCGGAGAAGGAAAGAGUAGAAGGUUUGAGAGAGGUUGAGAAGGCGAGAUCUAGGAUUUGUGAGUUAGAGAGAGACCUAAGUGAGGCUAGUGAAGCUAUUAGAAGAAAUGAUUGUGGAGCCACUAGGAUUGCCGAGAUGACACGCACGUUUAGAGAUAAGAGUGGUCUAGGUUUCAUAGAUCCACCUUCCCUACAAAUGGAGUCUAGUGACCCUAAGAAGAAAAUCACGUUUGUAAGUGCUGAAACCAUAGUGAAUCCAUUCUCCUCUAGCAAUGCUAAAUCUAGUGAGAACGAGACACUUGUGAGUGCUAAGCCCGUAGCAAAUUUACCUUCUUCGAGCAUCUCAAAACCUAUAGUGAAUGAGUUUCUUGAGAAGAGAGUCCUCACUUGUCAUCAUUGCGGAAAUGAGGGUCACAUUCGACCUAAAUGCUAUCGUUUGAGGAGAGAGCUUCGAAAGAAAGGUCAAACUCAAAGACCUCAAAAGCGAUUUGUUCCCCGGGGCGUUGUCCUUGGUCAAUCCACUUUGGAGAGACCUCGUAACACUUCUCCCAAGCCUUUCAAAAAUCAAGACAAUGACUUUUUUGCUCAAUUGAAUGAUCUUGCGACUCAAACUUCUCAUAUUGUGAAAGAAAUUAACAAAUUGAGUGUAUUUGCUAAGAUUUUUGAUGUGAAUGCUCUUGCUCGUGAUAGAAACUUAAAUGGUAAUUCGCAUACUCAUGCUCAUUCUAACAAAACAUGGAAAAAGGUUGAAAAUAUUUGUCAUGUUGCACACAUCGCAUAUAGAGCUCAUAAUGCUUGCAUUUGGUAUCUUGAUAGUGGUUGUUCUAGGCACAUGACUGGGGAUAGGGGUAUGUUUGCCAUGCUUGAAAACUAUGAUGGUGGUCUUGUGACGUUUGGUGAUGGUAAAAAAGGAAAAGUGGUAGGUAGAGGCACCAUUUCAACCCGCGGUCUCCCUACUUUGCAUGAUGUUCUAUUUGUUGAUGGUUUGAAAGCUAAUCUCUUGAGCAUAGGCCAAUUUUGUGAUAAUGAGCAUAAUGUGCAAUUUUCAAAAGAUACGUGUUCCGUUCUUAAUUCUAAGGGAGAAUGUGUUGUUAAAGGAAUUAGGUCUUCGGAUAAUUGCUAUUGUGUUGAACCUCAUCCUUCUAACAUGUGUCAUCGUGUUCUACUUGAUGAUGUUGAAUUGUGGCAUCAACGCUUAGGUCAUGUUAAUUUUCUAGAAUUGUACAAAAUUACCAAUCGUGAGGUUGUGAGAGGUGUGCCCAAGCUUGCAAAUGGGAAGGGUCUUGUGUGUGGUGGUUGUAUGGAAGGAAAACAAAUUAAGUCUCAACAUAAGAAAACAAACAUAAUUGGUACCACUCGGCCUCUUGAGUUGGUACAUAUAGAUCUCAUGGGUCCUUCUAGAACCGAGAGCUUGGGAGACUCGAAAUUUGUGUUCAACACAUAUCACAAUCACUAUCUGAUCAUCUUGAUUUUUCACAUGCACGAUCAACAUGACCAGUUCAACAACAUGACCGAUUACUCAAACAGCAUUGAUACGUAUUUCGUAAAUGUCCCCAAAAAUCUCUCGUUCAUGUGUGUGUUGAGUUUGUGA